UCAGCGGUGCCCUGGCUGUGAGCGUGGAGGGAGACGGACGGGCCCUCGGGUUGCAGAUAUGUGUAGCACACCGACGUACUGUGACCUAGGGAAGGCUGCCAAGGAUGUCUUCAACAAAGGAUAUGGCUUUGGCAUGGUCAAAAUAGAUCUGAAAACCAAGUCAUGUAGUGGAGUGGAAUUUUCUACUUCUGGUCAUGCCUACACUGAUACAGGGAAAGCAUUGGGCAACCUAGAGACGAAAUACAAGGUCUGUAACUAUGGACUUACCUUCGUCCAAAAAUGGAACACAGACAAUACACUUGGAACAGAAAUAUCCUGGGAGAAUAAGUUGGCUGAUGGAUUGAAACUGACGCUUGAUACCAUAUUUGUACCGAACACAGGAAAGAAGAGUGGGAAAUUGAAGGCAUCCUAUAGACGGGAUUGCUUCAGUCUUGGCAGUAGUGUUGACAUAGAUUUUUCUGGACCAACCAUUUAUGGCUGGGCUGUGUUGGCCUUUGAAGGUUGGCUUGCUGGUUAUCAGAUGAGUUUUGAUACAGCGAAAUCCAAACUGUGUCAGAAUAAUUUUGCCCUGGGUUACAAGGCUGCAGACUUCCAGCUGCAUACUCAUGUGAACGAUGGCACUGAAUUCGGAGGGUCUAUCUAUCAGAAGGUUACGGAGAAGGUUGAAACAUCAAUAAAUCUUGCUUGGACAGCUGGCAGUAACAACACCCGUUUUGGCAUCGCUGCUAAAUACAGGCUGGAUUGUAGAACUUCUUUAUCUGCUAAAAUAAAUAAUGCCAGUUUGAUUGGACUGGGUUAUACUCAGACUCUCCGACCAGGAGUCAAACUGACCCUAUCAGCUUUAGUUGAUGGAAAGAACUUCAAUGCAGGAGGUCACAAGGUUGGUCUGGGAUUUGAACUAGAAGCUUAAUUUUGAUUUUGAGUGACGCAUCAGAUUUUCCCUUGGAGGUGAAGAGAAAUGAACCCACUAUGUUUUGGCCUUAAAAUUCUUUGAAAUUUCAAAA